AUGCCGCAAGACAUGCCCCCCGUGGGGGGCUACGAGCCCGUCCAGUACAAGCGCCACAUGCCUGCUCGCGGCUUCCGGCCCAUGUACUACCUGAUCGGAAUGCACAUGGUCAUGGCCUACGGUUACUACAAGCUGUUCUACGGUGUUCGUGAGCAACAUGAACUUGCCCGCGAGAAAAUCUGGUCCAGACUGCACAUCCUCCCCCUUCUCCAAGCCGAAGAAGACCGCGACCAGGUCCGUCGACACUUCGCUGACAAGGCACGAGAGCGUGAGCUGCUUGGCCAGGAGACUAAGGUCUACAACACGGAUAGAUUCGUUCGCCCUACAUUCGUCUAUACCCCCUCCAACGUCACCCAGUAA